AUGCCACUUACACGACCCAUUCUACGUAUCACUACCACUUCAGCCUCUGUUCUAUCUCGUUCCUUCUGUGCUACACCAUUGACUAUGGCUGCCGGCGAUACUGGUGCCCCCAAGGCUCGGGGAUUUUUGGCCGAGAAGGACCAGUUUGCGCGCCGUGAGGCUGCGCAGGAGGGGUUGUAUAUCAGGAAAGCAGAGCUUGAAAAGAUUGAGCGUUUGAGGGCUAAGUUGAAGGAGCAGCGAAAACAUAUGGAUGAACUUGACAAGCAUCUUGAGGAGUUUGCUAAGAGUCAGGGAGGCGAACAGAACUAG